GAGCGGGGAGAAGCAGGACCCGGCAGCGCGCUCAGGGGAGAAGGCGGAGGCGGAGUGGAGCCGGGAGCCAUGGCUGGAGAGAGCAAGGCAGAAAGUCUCCGGGAUGAACUUUCUUGUCCCAUCUGCCUGGAGUAUUUCCAAGAGCCGGUGUCUAUCCACUGCGGGCACAACUUCUGCAGAGACUGCAUCAGCCAGUGCUGGGGGGAGUCGGAGCCCAACUUCUCCUGCCCCCAGUGCAGAGAAACCGCCCAGCAGAGAAACUUCAGGCCCAGCAGGGAACUGGCGAGAGUUAUCGAAAUAGCCAGAGGGCUGAGUUUCCAGGCAGCCAAAGGCUCAGGAGGGGAGCGAGUGUGUGAGAGGCACCAGGAGGCCCUGAAACUCUUCUGCCAGGAGGAUGAAACCCCCAUCUGCCUGGUGUGUGAUAAAUCCAAGGCUCACAGAUCUCACACGGGGGUUCCCAUAGAGGAGGCUGCCCAGGAGUACAAGGAACAGUUCCAGACCCGACUGCAGGCUCUGAAGGAAGAGAGAGAAAAGCUCCUGGGAUGGAAACUGACUGGAGAGAAGAGAAGCUCUGAGUACCUGGGAAAGACAGAUGCUGAGAGAGAGAAAAUUGUGUCUCAAUUUAAGCAGCUGCACCAGUUUCUGGAGGAAGAAGAGCGACUCUUGCUGGCCCGGCUGGGAGAGCUGGAGAAGGAGAUUGUGAAGCUGCAGGAUGAAAAUAUCACCAAACUCUCCGCGGAGAUUUCCCGUCUCAGUGAGCUGAUCAGCGAGAUGGAGGGGAAGUGCCAACAGCCAGCGAGUGAAUUCCUGCAGGACAUCAGAAGCACCUUGAGCAGGUGCGAGCAGGGGAAGUUCCAGCAGCCAGUGGAGAUUUCUCCUGAUCUGGCAAAGAGACUUGGUGAUUUUACCCCAGAAAACAUUGGGGUAAAGGAGACUCUGAAGAAAUUCCAAGAUGCUCUGGUGUUUAAACUGCAGACAGCAAUGACUCUGGAUCCAGACACGGCUCAUCCCCAACUUGUCCUGUCCACAGAUCGGAAAAGUGUGAGAUGCGGGGAGACACGGCAGCGACUCCCCGACAACCCUGAGAGAUUUGACUGGAAUCGCUGCGUGCUGGCCUGUGAGGGGUUCACCUCGGGGAGACAUUGCUGGGAGGUGGAGGUGGGGGAUGGGCGAUGCUGGGCUGUGGGGGUGGCCAGAGAGUCUGUGAGGAGGAAGGGGUGGUUCAGUUUUAACCCUGAGGAGGGGGUCUGGGCUGUGCAGUGGCUGCAGGGGGAUCAAUACAAGGCUCGCACCUCCCCUGAGACCACAGUGUCCCUGGGCCAGGUCCCCAGCAGGAUCCGGGUUUGUCUGGACUGUGACGAGGGGCAGGUGGCAUUUUUCAGUGCUGACGACAAGGUCCUGAUCUUCACUUUCCCACCAGCGUCUUUCAAUGGGGAGAGAAUCUGCCCUUGGUUCUGUUUCUGGGACAGCAAAACCCAGUUGAGACUCUGUUCCUGAUACACAAGAUGAUCUGUCCCCCUGCAGGCCAUGAAAUGGGCUUCUCUCGCCUCUGACACCCUCAUUUCUACAACUCUGGAAUCUAAAGUGGGCUGGUGACCUGUUCUCCCCGCUCCAAAAAAACCAACGAAACAAAACCACUCAACCGUCAGGGACAUUGUCCAGCCUGUUUGUCGCUGUUCUCUAUGAUCGCAGAGGACUCUAGCAAGCUGGUCAGAGAGCAAGAGGAGGAGUCCUGGGUGAGGGAGAACAGUACAGGUGGCAAAUCUUUGGGGCAGGGGAGUGGCAAGAGAAAAUGGUUAGUCAUCACUUUUGAUGAGGGUUUUCUAGAAUUUAACAAAGCUAUUUUUAUAUCAAGCCCAUGGAGGUUGUGUUUUAUGGUUCCCAUAAAUCAUUGACUGCUGCCGGCUUUUUUGUUUUUUCACCAAGUGGAUUCUGUAUCUUCAUAGCUGUAAAGAUGCUGAAAUUUUUGUGUCUCACAAUGAUUUCUCUUGUCUCCUGCGGGGGAAAAUAUAGCAAUAAACCAGGAGCCAUCAGAACGACUUGA